AUGUCAAUUGAAUUAAACCCUGUUGAUGAACAGUUUGAAGACGUUGAUAAUGAGAUCAUGAACGAUUUUACAAACCUUAGAAGCGAAUACCAAAAGAUCCUUGAGAAAACAAAUGAAAGUAGAGCAUCAAUUAUAGAACAGUUAGCGAAAAUGGAAGAAAGACUGAUUUCUAAACAAGAAAAGUAUAAAGUUUGGGUAGCAAUGAUAGAAAAAGCCGAAAAAGAAAAUAAAUCCAAAAGUUCGAAGCCAAAAAACAGAGAUAAACUAUCUUGA